UCAUUCGCAAGCCACUUUCGAUUUUCAGUGAUGGUCCCUUACAUAGGAGUACCGCAGUUACCUGGUCGGGCGGAACAAUAAUCGUAACAUAAUGAAUAAUUUUUUUUAAAUAUGACUUUUCCAUAUUUCCACUUGUCGUCGUCACAGUUCAAAAGCCUACGAAGACCGGCAUUCCAUCUGAUGCACUUUAAGGUCACAAACAGAACCUUUGGGAUAUUUUCAUGACAGGCUUUUCAUGACAAGAUGAGGGGUCCAAAUGAUGGUUUUGUCUUUGACAUAUUGACCCGACUUCUGUUGUUUGCGUUGUUCUGUUUUACAGAGACGCUACCUCCCUUCACCCGUCAUAUCCAGCCAGAAGAGCUCUGGCUCUACAAGUUCCACCAUGUUGAGAAUGACCGCGUUCCUACCAAGCUCAUGUUUUGCAUUGCACUUUUCACCCCGCUGGCUGUCAUCUUGUUGUUCGGCUUCCUAAACAGGGCAGGGAAGGUUGACAUGAAGGAAGCCACUCUGGCCGUGACGUUGACUUUGACGCUGAAUGGGGUUUUCACCAACGCUAUCAAACUGGCAGUGGGCCGGCCGAGGCCAGACUUCUUGUACCGCUGUUUUCCUGACGGCCACAUGAACGUGGAGCUGCAGUGCCGUGGGGACCCCGACACGGUGGAGGAGGGAAGGAAGAGCUUCCCUAGCGGACACUCCUCAUUUGCCUUUGCUGGCCUGGGCUUCACAGCUCUGUAUGUGGGAGGAAAGCUGCGCUGCUUUAGUCCAGCAGGACGAGGCAAAGCCUGGCGACUGUGCGCCUUCCUCUGCCCUCUGCUCUUUGCCAUCCUCAUCGCUCUUUCCAGGACCUGUGACUACAAGCACCACUGGCAAGAUGUCCUGGUAGGCUCUCUGCUGGGCUUGUUGUUUGCUUGCCUGGGCUACUGGCAGCACUACCCGUCCCUCAGUGACCCUGACAGCCACAGACCGCUGGUGCAGCGGGAAGGAAUCCCUGCGGCGCAGGAGCGCAAACUGCAAGAGCAGCAAUCUCAGCAGCCCGUGAAGGCAAACUCAGGAUACAUUCUGCCUCUGACCAAUUGUAUAGAAGUGAAUGGACUACCACGGUUACGUUGGAUCUCAAAUCAACCAUGUUAGCAUUCUGGGCCUUACAAAUUCAACAGUCAUUUAAACCAAAUAAAUCAAUGCUGUGGACAUUGGUCAUUGAUGCCAACAUCUGUAAUACAAUACUGUGUGAAAGACGUUUGUACCAGGGAAUGUAUGGAUUGAGAAGGCUUUCAAGACAUUGUCAAGUCCAGUUUUCUGUUGUUUGUUAAGUCCGAAACUUUGGCCAUGCUAUCUCUGAAACAUGUCUUAUGUGGUUUAUUUUUAAAAGCACUGCAACAGGUUAAAUAGAAUUGUCAAUACGACUGACAGAAGUGGCAAUGCUGGCUUUAAGCUUAUUUAGGCUGGUCAACUUUCAGAUGCUUUUUUUCCCAACUUAAGGCUUGAAAUCAUAUUGAUACGUUUUUUUUCUACUUUUUUGUAUAGUAAAUGUGAUUCAUAUUAACUCACAGGACCACUGUUAUGUGUCAAGUUUAUUAAACAGCACAAUUGUGUGAGUAUAAACAUGAAAUAUUAACUUAACAUUAAUAUGAAAUGUAAAGUAUGGUCUAUGGAGUUCCUAUGUAAAAAGUCUACACACCCCUGUUAAAAUGCCAGGUUCUUGUGAUGUAAAGGAAUGAGACAAAGAUAAAU